UAGAGCAAUUGAGUACGUCAUGUGCGUGAUAAUUCAGAGUUGAAUCAACAUGAAAGGACAUUCAACCAAUCACAUUGGUCUGAACAAGCUGAACGCCGACAAAAAUGCUAAGUUUGACAAGGAGAAUUAACACUGUUGUUUGAACAUACGGUGUUUGAUCCUGUCAAGAUAACAUCCUGAGAAAAGAAUGGCCAAGACAGUAAAUGAUUACACAAGGAGUGUAAGAAGAGCGUGUAUUGACUUCCGUAGCCUGAAAACAGCCAAUUAUUUCUGACUACCGGGACAUUUUCCUCGCAAGAUCCAGCAGUAUAGAAGACAUCGAUACUUCACGUACAUCUCUUAAAGGGUUAAUAUGUUGACGAUACCAGCGUCUCUACUAUUCCUGAUUCACUUGACAACAUGCAGUGACUCGCAGGACGUUCAAGGCACAAAUCACGCGGCAUCUUUCGCUGUGUCACCUGACCGCGCACUCAUCAAUCACGUGCUCAAAACUAUCCAAUCAGUGGACCAAUUCAAAUGCGCAUUGCUUUGUAUGCGACAACAGGGCUGUUUGAGCGCCAACUUUUAUUCCAACGAAGAAUCGUGUGAGUUGAACGAGAGAAGAAGAGAGGACGUGGACAGCUUGGAUUACAUAGUGUGCCAAGGAUGCUUCUAUAUGGAAAUUCAGAGGGUGAAGUGUGCUUCAAAUCCGUGCCUCAACAAUGGAGCCUGUUAUCUAGAGUACGAAUCAAACAUGCAAACCAGCAAAUGUAGUUGUUUAUCAGGAUACAGAGGCUCUCUCUGCGAACAAGAGAUAAUCGGAUACCACGAGGACCAUCCUUCCUUAUCAUGUAAACAAAUCUACGACGAAGAACCGUCCUCUCCCUCGGGUCUCUAUUAUUUCAAAAAUAUCAGCGGAUAUGCAAGCAUUCCUUACCAGGCCUACUGCUUCAUGGGGGUAAUUGACAGCUGUGGUGGAGGAGGCUGGUCACUAGCCAUGAAAAUUGAUGGUAAAAAGACAACAUUUCAUUACAACUCUUCAUACUGGGAAAACAAACUGUCUUACAAUCCAGCGGCGGGAAAAACAGGCUUCGAUGCCAUGGAAACCAAGAUACCAUUCUAUUGGUCCAUGUCGAUUACUAAGUUAUGCCUGGGCAUGCGCACUGGUAGCGAUCAAAUCAUAAGAUGGCUCAAAGUACCAUAUUCGGCACUGUCCUUACAUGACGUCAUAUCAACAAAUACCUUUCAUCCUGUAAGCACUCCUCGGGACCAGUGGAAAAACCUAGUACCUGGUUCAUCACUUCAAACAUAUUACACACGCAAAGGAUUCAACGCCAAAGCAUCCCAAUCUGACAGAAUUUGGAUAAACAGCCGCGCUCGAAUUGGUGUUGUUGGUAACAAUGAACGUGAUGCUACUACCCCUGACUCGAGGAUUGGUUUUGGGACUGGAGGCAGUGGCAGAAACGAAGAUGAUACAAACUCCUGUGGGAACGAAGCUGCGGGAGAUAUUGGUGCUGAUAACGAUAAAGUCUCCAUCAAAGCAUUCUGCUAUAUCCUUUUGCAGUAAAAUACUGAGAAUUUGGAAGCAUUAUUUUGUAACUGGUUAGUUCUUACGCAUAGUGUACUGAGUAGUACUACAGUUGGGAUAUCAUGGCGCAGGCCAGUGUAAGGGUUGCAUGUUGUUUGCACCCAAGCUAGUCCACAAUGCAUCUUGUUUCUCUGUCCUAUGUGGUGCGGUUUGUACCCAAGCUAGACCACAAUGCACCUUGUUUCUGUCUUAUGUGGUGUGGUUUGCAUCUAAGCUAGACCACAAUGCCCCUUUGUUUCUCUGUCUUAUGUGGUGUGGUUUGCACCUAAGCUAGUCCUUGCACAAUGCACCUUGUUUCUUUGUCCUGUGGUAUGGUUUGCACCUGAGCUAGCCCUGAAAUGAAUCUUGUUUCUCUGUCUUAUGGGUGUAGUUUGCACCCAAGAUAGACCACGUAACCUACACAGAUGCCAUAUAUCAUUCCAUCUGAUAAGAAGUACGACUCGUAAUAAUAAGCUUUCAUAUCAAAUAUUUAUUGAUAUUGCUAUCAUAAAACAAAAUAUAUAAUUUACAAUCUACAAUCUAGCUAGUAGACUACGAUUUUUAUAAUCCAUUCUAUCACUUUGUGCAAUACCGUAUGAUGAUAUACAUAUAUUGGGUCCUCAUGGAGGACAGCGAAAUAACGAUCCAUCAAAAAUAACGCAUCUUUCUCUAUUCUUGUUAAAAAUGUACAAAAUUAUUACAAAAUAAAUUACGAAAUUAAAAUCCCAUAUUUACAAAUGCGCAUGUUUUGAAGUACCAAGACAUUUUUUCAAUUAUAGUGAGCCUUCAAUACAACUGGUAUGGGAAUGAAGUUGUAAAGAGAAAGAAUGGAUGGAAGGAAGGAAGAAAGAAAGGAGGGAAGAAAGGAAGUACGGUAGGAAAGAUGGUAGGAUGGAAGGGAGGAAGGAUGGAAGGAAGGAAGGAUGGAUGGAAGGAAGGAUGGAAGGAAGGAAAAAAGAAAGACUGUAAGACAGAAAAAGAAAAAAAGACGAGAAAGAAAAGAAAGACGACUUGACAUAUUCAUAUCAUGUCUUUACAAAUCAAUAUAUUAUAAAGUUAUCUGUUUUUCAACCAAGAGUGAUUUCAUUUAACCCGUGCAACAAAACCUAACAGUCCAUGACUAAUAGUCGAAUAAAAAUAAUAAACGAAAGCAAGAAAUAAAAUGAGAAAACAAAAAUCUGGUUAUAUCAAUGUCUAAUGGACUAAUAUCUAUUUCACAGGAUAAAUUUAAUCACUCCAUAUAUACAUGGUUGGAUUUCUGCAAAAAAGACACUAACAUUCAGGCGGCCCGCACCUUUAGCUCAGCCUUUCUUACAACACGGUUUGCAUACUUGCAUGCUCUACAAUUAAGAAGGUCUGUUUUCCAUAAAGUCUUUUGAUGCCCUGAAGGUGUUUACUUUAUAUAUUUUCGGUUUUCUCUUAGAAGUAGAAUUGUAUCCCCACAACAACAUGAAAAUCAAAACUACCACCAACAUCUUUAUAAUCAGCCACACCAACACCACCAAAAAUAACACUACCACUACCACCACCACCACCACCAACACUACCACAAACACCAACACCACCACAAACACCAACACUACCACAAACACCAACACUAUCACAAAC